CUCCUCAUCAUGCGGCUGCUGUUAAAGGCCCUGGACAAGAUGAGAUGUUUUCGGAAGCGCUCCACCAUCCCCUUCCUGGUGGCUCUCAUCACCUUCCUCCUCUUUAUCAAUCUCUAUAUUGAAGACGGCUAUGUGUUGGAAGAGGAUAAGAGACAGCUGAGAGAGACGUCAAUGCAUCCACUGAAUUCUGAGCGAUACGUUCACACCUUCAAAGACAUCACCAAUUUCUCUGGUACCAUUAAUGUGACAUAUCGCUACCUUGCUGGAACACCUUUACCCCGAAAGAAGUACCUCACCAUCGGACUGUCGUCUGUGAAACGAAAACGUGGAAACUACCUUAUGGAGACCAUCAAGUCUAUUUUUGAUCAGUCCAGCUAUGAGGAGCUGAAGGAGAUUGUGGUGGUGGUACACUUGGCUGACUUUGACCUGGCUUGGUGCGAGAGCCUGGUGCAGGAGAUCUCCCGGAAGUUCGGCCACCACAUCAUCGCAGGACGGCUCCUGGUCAUCCAUGCUCCAGAGGAGUACUAUCCAUCGCUGGACGGGCUGAAGAGGAACUACAAUGACCCAGAGGACCGCGUCCGGUUCCGUUCUAAGCAAAACGUGGAUUACGCCUUCCUCCUUAACUUUUGCACCAACCUCUCUCAUUUCUACAUGAUGCUGGAGGACGAUGUACGUUGCUCCAGGAACUUUCUCACUGCCCUUAAGAAAGUAAUCACCUCCAGGGAGGGCUCUUACUGGGUGACGCUGGAGUUCUCCAAGUUGGGCUACAUCGGGAAGCUGUACCACUCCCGGGACUUGCCGAGACUGGCUCACUUUCUGCUCAUGUUCUAUCAGGAGAUGCCAUGUGACUGGCUCCUCAUCCACUUCCGAGGUCUGCUGGCCCAGAAAGAUGUGAUUCGCUUUAAGCCCUCCCUGUUCCAGCACAUGGGCUACUACUCUUCAUACAAAGGGGCAGAGAACAAGCUAAAGGAUGAUGACUUCGAAGAGGACUCCCUCGAUAUCCCGGACAACCCACCAGCCACUCUGUACACGAACAUUAAUGUGUUUGAGAACUACGAUGCUACCAAAGCUUACAGCACAGUGGACGAAUAUUUCUGGGGGAAAGCCCCCUCCACUGGAGACUUUUUUGUUGUCGUUUUCAACAAGUCCACCAAAAUCAGCAAAAUUAAGGUUGUAACGGGUUCGGACGAUCGUCAGAAUGAUAUCUUGCAUCACGGAGCAUUGGAGGUAGGGGAGAAAUUAGUCGGGACAAAAAAGGGGAGACAGUGCUCCUCCUAUAUCACUUUGGGGGAGUUUAAAAAUGGUAACAUUGAAGUUCAAAAUGUGGACCACAAAAUAUCUUUUGAUAUUGAGUGUGUUCGUAUCGUGGUGACCGCCAGUCAGAAGGAGUGGUUAAUCAUCAGAAGUAUAAGUUUGUGGACUACACCGCCCCCCAGUCAAUGA